GCUUCACUUCGAACACGGCCGAGACGCACACAGCGGCAAAUCGCACAAAACCAAUUCGAACAAGCGAGCGCCGAGAAACGGAGAGACAGAGAAAGAGGGCCAUGGCAACAGCGGUCAGCGGCCGGUGGACACGAGUCCGCACGCUCGGCCGGGGCGCGUCCGGCGCGGUGGUCUCCCUCGCCGCCGACGACGCCUCGGGCGCGCUCUUUGCCGUCAAGUCCGCCUCGGCCGGCGCCGCGGGGGCCACGGAGCAGCUGCAGCGCGAGGGGAGCAUCCUGUCCGCGCUCCGAUCCCCGCACGUCCUCCCUUGCCUCGGCUUCCGCGCCGGCGCCGCGGAGUGCCAGCUGUUCCUCGAGUUCGCGCCCGGCGGCUCGCUUGCCGACGUGGCGGCGAGGAGCGGCGGGCGGCUCGAGGAGAGCGCCAUCAGGGCUUACGCGGCGGACGUGGCGAGCGGCCUGGCGUACCUCCACGGGAGGUCGCUCGUGCACGGGGACGUCAAGGGGAGGAAUGUAGUGGUCGGCGCCGACGGCCGGGCCAAGCUCGCUGACUUUGGGUGCGCGAGGGAGGUGGGCUCCGCGCGCCCGAUCGGCGGCACGCCGGCGUUCAUGGCGCCGGAGGUGGCGCGCGGGGAGGAGCAGGGCCCGGCGGCCGAUGUCUGGGCACUGGGAUGCACCGUCGUCGAGAUGGCCACGGGCCGCGCCCCGUGGAGCGACAUGGACGAUGUCCUCGCGGCGGUGCACCGGAUUGGGUACACCGAUGCCGCGCCGGAGGUGCCCGGGUGGAUGUCGGCGGAGGCCAAGGACUUCUUGGCCCGGUGUUUCGCGAGGAACCCACGCGACCGGUGCACGGCAGCGCAGCUCUUGGAGCACCCAUUCUUGGCGUCAGCCGGCUGCGGCGUAAAGGCAGAGGAGGUGGCGGCGAAAUGGGUGUCCCCCAAGAGCAUGCUGGAUGCCGUACUCUGGGAGUCCGACACCGACGAUGAUGACGAGGAGGAUGACGACGUGUCAGAGAGCCCCGCCCAGAGAAUCAAAGCAUUGUCAGGGCCCUGCUCGGCCUUGCCGGACUGGGAUUCCGACGACGACUGGAUCGAAGUGCUCAAUGAGCAAUGUGAAGCCUGCAGUUUGGUACCAACAAAAGAGGCGGCCGAGGAGAUGGCCGGCGAGGACGAAUGUGUCCUUAGUGAAGUGUUUGAAACAGAGGCUGAGCUCUGCGAUGUCGAUGCAGAGGGUGGCGAUCCUGAGCGUACUGUAGCUGUAGGAUUAACUGCUGUGUCGAUUGGGCGGCAGGAAGGGCCGUGUUGGGACCUUUCCAGUAAUCCAUCAGUAUUUCCAGUUGAUACUUGUCAUGAAAUUAAAAAAAUGUCAAAGUCUUUGUUACGGCUAAAUUGUCUCCUUUCAGUUACUCGUUCUUCUGUUCCAUUUGUCUUGCAAAAUGAUUAUCUGAUUCACAUUGAUCUGGCAAAAUCUAGAACUCCCGAACUGAUACGAUGCGACGAUUCCAGAAACGUUCUUCUAGACAGACGCACGAAUCACUGACUAGCCAUUCGGAAU